CCUACCAUGCUUUAAUGUUCGACCAAUCAUCCACGUCCCCCGGACCGCGGCUGCUGCGCGCACAUACACAGCCACAGUAUGGAGAGACCGAGACAGAGGUGGACGCGGUCUGUCUUAAUGGAGAGAACUGACCUGCUUAGUGCGCAGUGACAGCGGAAUAAAACAGCCAGAGCAGAUUGACAGAAGAAGUUUAGUGUGACGAGUGAUCUCUCUGCGCGGUUUUCGUUUUCACUGAACGUCAUCCAGGUCCACGGGUUCAAGUUGCACAUAGGAGAAGGCUACAAGUUUCCAAUGGACAGAUAUUUGGAGACGGCUGGCGCAACAAGCAUGGGAUUAUUUUUGUAAUGUGGAUUGCUAUUCCAUUGCAAGAAAAUAAAGGUCUGUUGCGGAAAAAUGUGAGACGUCUUGCGUCUUGGAUUCUCGUUUUUCUGGAUAUUUUGAAAAUCAUUGGCAACAGUUGAGAAGAAAAGAAGUUAUGCGCAAAGGAUUGCUCCGUCCCCGGGACCAAUAUGGAUCUGCCAUUACCCCCUGCCCCUUAUUUAGAGAAGUUUUAGCCGGUCCACUUGUGUUGUUGUUGUUGUUGUUUGUACUUGUUGUUGUAAACUUGAUGCUCGAGGACAAAUCGCCACAUUGGCCUGUUGGAUUUUAAAACGUCGCCUGCCUUUGGAUUGGAUUGCCAACACGAUGAACUUUAUUGACAGUUUGACACUAUUAUUUUUGACGCUGUCAGCUGUCAAGAGCGCCCACAUACCGAAGGAAACAGAAAGAGGUCCACAUGACGUGAUCCCUUUAAUGGAGGUGUACAACAAGAGUUUGUGUAAGCCGCGGGAGCUGCUGGUGGAGAUUCUGCAGGAGUAUCCGGAGGAGGUGGAGCACAUCUUCAUCCCGUCCUGUGUGGUGUUGACGCGCUGCGCCGGCUGCUGCAAUGAUGAGAUGCUGCAGUGCAUGCCAACAUCCAGCUAUAACAUUACAAUGGAGAUUAAAAGAAUAAAACCCCAAAGGCAACAAAAUGAUAUUUUCAUGAGUUUUACAGAACACAGCGCAUGUGAGUGUAGGUUAAAGAAAGAAGUGAAAGAACAGAAAGAAAAAAAACCCCGGACAGGCAAGGGUAAAGGCCAAAAGAGAAAACGAAAGAAAAACCGCGACAAAACAAUUCACGAUGCGUAUGUCAGCUCCGCCUUCUCCACCUACCUGCACCUGAGUGUUGCGCUUCUCAUAAUUAAGCUCAUAUGGGAGGAGCUCAUUUGCCCCUUUUAAUUUGCACCGUUAGCCACAUCAAUUAGCAUGUUGCUUCUGUGUACUGUCCUAACUUUGUCUCGUCAGCCACGCUCUACAGAGUAUCAGUGUCUAAGCUAACGUGUUUUGCUAACGUAGCUUUAGCAAAACUUUACAUAAUGAUGAUAACCAGGGGAGCACAGCAGACUUACCACAUACCACAUCACAACAAAGUGAACCAUAACCAAUCUCCACCCGUCAAAACACCCAUCUAAUCUCACCUCAACCCUCCCAGCUCCCUGUUACCUAGAAUAUCACUCUCUGUGGAUCUUGAUGGUUGGGAUGAGAUACAGCAGCAUAUCACGACAAACAGUAGAAACUUGAGUUGCUCCUAACACCUUGUCAGAUAUCCAGGUUUCUGAUUGAUAAUGGACACGUUUAAAGAAGCUGGAAUAAACAGAGCGGCUGUUAGCUGUAACUUGAACCCUCUACUGAAACAAGAUCACAGCUCCGCCAGCAUGGCUUCGCAGACCGGCUCAUACUGUUCUGGUAUCUGUGCUGGGAUCACCAGGAUUGUAAUCACGGUCCUGUGUUCAGUGUUGAGUCUGUGGCGCUUUGCUGUGUCUCGUACCCGUCUCCUUUCCACUCUGUGUUCUUUUCAUCUUCACAAACAGGUUUCGCCGUCCUGUUCAUAAUGCUGGUACUUUUUAUGUAAUGUAAAGACAUGAGUGAUAGCUAUCUAUUGCCUUCUUUUCUCUUUUUGUGCCAGGGGGAUGUAAACCAGCAAAGUACUGUUUUGUGUCCUUCUUUUGUCUCUGAAACGAUACAAAAGCACCCAUAUUUUAUUCAGAAAUAAUAUAAAGAUGAUCUCAUGUUUCUUUAUACUGUGAAAGAAUACAUGUCUGUGUGUUAACUUGUAAUUUGUACACUGAGAUGUAAAUGGAGUAUCUGAGCCUCUGUUCUGAAUCUAAUGUCUCUGUGGGAAACACAGUCUGCAGUUUUCUCUCAAUAAAAUGAUCUCUUUCUUAACGGA